CGUGUUUAAAAAUUCAACAUGAAAAUGUGUCUUUGAUGGUACGGAGACGUAUAUUACCCAUUUACAUCUUGUUUUAUAUUGUAACAAUUAUAUCCUAUUUCACCGUCUAUAUUGAUUUCCAAAAUCUCAAAUUUUCGUUAUAUUUGUCUCAAUGAAUGAUUUGUCAACUUUCAAUGUGUGAUUGAACAUGGAUAUUUGAUAGGUCAUUAUCUGAUAAGUCGACAUAAAUACCCGACAAGUUGACAUCAACAUCUGACAUGUCGACAUAAACAUCUGACAAUUGGUGGCUGAAAUAAGCCUCCAUAUUAAUGGAAGCUUGCCAGUGUUAAAUGGAGCGAAUACAGGAAGAGACAAACACCGACACCAUCGUUAACAGUAUUAUUGGAUUAUCUGUGUCACCACCGAAAAGAAGUAAAAGGAUUAGCAAGCGAUUAAAUCGCAGAUCACUUCUACCUCGACGCCUUGGAACAACUGUACAGCUGUAAUCAUAUAUAUAUAUAUAUAUAUAUAUAUAUAUAUAUAUAUAUAUAUGUUUAUUCGAUAAUAAACGAGACCAUCAUUGUUAUGGCAUCCCUGAAGCACUUGUCGAAUAGAAACACGACUAACUUUGCUAGAGCUUGGCGCCUUGUUAGUGUCUGUGGCGACCUGUUGAGAGAUGUUCUUAGUCAUUUUAUUUCUGUUGUUUCCCUGUAUUCUGAACUGGACCUUGCUAAAGACAAACUCAUGAAGAUUCUAAAUUCUCAACAGCGAGACCUGCUUUACAAAAAGAGAAAAUCAUACCUGCUAUACGAUGAUUUAGACAUCUCGCUUUUAUAUGUAUUACUAAGAAAUAUCUGUGAUGAAAAUGUACACAAACUUAGUAAUGGUCGUAGAGGAAUGACCAGUCCUCGGAAUGGGUGGGGGAAACGACCACCUGAAAUUGACCGAUCUCUGGCAGCAAACAUAGAGAGAAUUCAUUUCUUUCGGAAUGAUAUAUGUCAUCUUAAAGAGCCAUCACUACCAGAUCCCGAAUUCAUCUCUCUAUGGGACCAAAUAAGCAGGGCGAUCGAGGAGAUUGAAAAAGAUCUUGGAAAUCAAAUUCAUCCCGCUAAAUAUGUAGAGCUAUUGAAGACAAUUAAAACCAUGUCAAUGGACCCCGAAGAAACACAGAAAUAUAUCGAAGAACUUGAGAAAAUGAAAGAUGAGCAGAAAGGACUUGAAGAAAGACUCUAUAAGAGAAUCACAGAACAAGUGAGGACGGAUAUAGUGGACAACAGAAAACCUAAAAUCGUUAAAUCUGCAGGGACAAAGAAAGAGAAGCAAAUUGCGAGAACUGAAGCUUUCGUAGAAAUGGAGUACAGUCGUAUUGAACCGUACUUUGUAGAAACAAGAGCGUUUUCUAACGUAAUGAAGAAUCUUCAAACACUUGGAUAUGUUGUGGUGAAAGGCAAUCCGGGGGAUGGAAAGACUACGAUAUCUGUUUACAUGAUAAAGAGACUUAUGGAGAAGGGUAAAAUACCCAUUCAAAUUCGAACACCUUCUGAUUGGGAUGAAUUUGUUUCCCCGAAUGAAAAUUUGGUAAUCUUUAUAGACAAUAUAUUUGGAGAACUAUCUCUGUCUCAAACAGAUGCUACACAGUGGUCCAAUCGAUUUUUAGAAAUGAAAGCUUUAGUUGGCACUGCCAUAGAGGGAAACGACAAUGUUAUCAUCAUUACCAUCAGAAAUGAUAUUCAUGAGGAGUGUUGCCAAUCUCUCAAAGAUGAUCGUUUCUUUCGAGAGGCUAAAGUAGACAUAUCAGACAGAGAAAAUAAGCUAUCAACGAUGGAAAUGACACAAUUUCUGGAAAAAUAUGUUCCUGACAGCACUUAUCAGUCGUGUGAAAUUGAUUCUGACACAUUUUUUGCUGACGUCCCAAAUCUUGGUUUUCCACAAUGUUGUCGACUUUUCAAAGAUAACGUCCUCUUACAAGGAGAUGGAUUUCCCUCCUUUUUCCAAAAUCCACUGCAUUUUUUGAAAGAGGGAUUUCGGAAAUAUAUACUAAAUAAGGAAAUGAAGAUGGCAGUGCUAGUGUUUUUAUUAAUGAAAGGAGGGAAAGCUGACAUGUACGAAAUGGAAAAACCAACGUCGAAAUCGAAAGUUUUAAAAUCAAAAGCCAUGCGAAUGUGCGAAGUAUCAGAGAGUCUGAUUGAUUUUCACAAAGCGAUAAACUUAUUCCUGGAUAGCUACCUAGUGCUCGAUAAUGCAGAGGAAUGCUAUAGAUUCUCUCACAGCUCAGUACAAAGCAGUUUAUUUCUUGUACUUGGUGAUAUUUGCGAAAUAGAGGAUUUGAUAUACAAUUGCGAUCACACUUUAUUGAAAUACCUUACCACAAAGAAUUGCCCAAAGAGUAAAAUGGACACAUUGCUGAUCAUGAAAGAACAAUUCGAAUGUGUUGCUGAAAAAAUCGUAAGUCUUACAGAAACUCGCAUUCCAUCGGUUUUUGUCUCCCUUGCCGAACUCAUUUUGUGGGAAGAUGAUGUUUUCUUUAAAAAAUUCUUGGUCAUUAAUAGCAGAAAAGAUGGGAAGUUUCUUUAUCAAGUGGAUGAAGAAAGCAAUUCUAUGAUGGUUCAUUUUGCUGCAAGUGGAAAUAUGAAAUGGGUGCAAUACAUUUAUGAAAAUGUAAGAGAAAACAUAGCGAUUGAACAGCAUUAUAUAUCAUUAAAUGCAGCUUGUGAAUGCAAUCAUUUGAAAACGGUAGAAUAUUUAUUGGGAGUCCAAGUUAAACCUGACAUUAAAACUUGUUUCCAUGCAGUAAGAAGUGGCAAAAUUGAACCAAUUAAGUUAUUAGCAGCUCAAGGAGUGGAUCUCAGGGAACGCACAUAUUCUCUAACACCGUACUGGAGGAACAAACCUGACACAAUAUCAGUAUUGGAUGAAGCAUGUCUACGCGGUCAAAAUCAUCUUGUACUAGAUUUGUUGAGCAUUUGUCCAGAGUUACUAUACACAAAAAAUGAAAGUGGAGAAUUCAGCUUAUUGUUUGUAGCGUAUGCGGGUGCCACAGAGACAUUAAAAAUUUUGAUUGAAAAGGGAUUAAAUCCUUAUGAAAGAUCCUCUAUUGAAUCCACGAUCUUGCACUGUGCAUGUCAGAACGGUAAACUAGAGACAUUCCAUUAUAUUGUAAAGACUUACCCCGAUUUGUUACGAAAGAAAUACAACAAUUCUACACAAGGAACAUUGCUGCAUCGCACCGCCGAAGGUGGAAAUAUAGAAAUGCUGAAAAUGCUUGUUGACAAAGGCAAAAAUAUAUUCUGUAGAACAAUUGAUGGAAAAACCGUUUUGCACAAAGCAUGCAAGGAUGGAAGAUUUGACAUGAGUAAGUACUUAAUUGAAAUUUAUCCCGAAUUGCUUUGGUUGUCUGAUAGUGAAGGAAGGUCUCCAAUUCACGAUGCUGGUCUUGGCGGAAAUGUGGAGAUAUUUGAGCUACUUAAAAACAAAGGGUUGAAUGUGAACUCUGUAGCGGAUGAUGGAAAAUCGAGCCUGCAUUACGCCUGCUCCAAUGGAAGGGUAAAACUCUGUAAACACCUUGCUCGAGAAUACUCUGAAUUACUGACGGUCAGAGACAAAAUGGGACUUCUUGCAAUUCAUGAAGCCGCUUGGAGUGGAAUAGUUGAAUUAUUCAAAUUUCUUGUUGAAGUAAUGAACGACACGGACAUACGUGUCAAAACAUUUGAUGGUCGUACCGUGUUACACCAGUCAGCAGAUGGAGGACGAUUAGAGAUGUCCAAAUAUUUGUUGGAUAAAGAACCAAGCCUUCUAUAUGAAGUAGAUGAUGAAGGAAUGACUGUUUUACAUAGAGCUGCAUUGGGUGGAAACACUCGAUUAUUCAAAGUGCUUGUGAAUAAGGGUCUCCGAGCAACUGAAAAGACAAAAAAUGGACAAUCGGUUUUGCAUUUGGCUUGUAAGCAGGGUAAAUUGUUAAUGAGUUCUUACCUUAUUGCAGAAUUCAUGCAUCUUUUAUAUGAUUUGGACAAAGAAGGUAACACUGUUUCUCACUCUGCUGCAUAUAGUGGAAACACUCAAUUAUUAACAUUACUGCAUCAAUAUAAUGUAGAUAUUUAUGCAAAGUCAGAUAAAGGAGAAACCCCUUUACAUACUGCUAGUGCACAAAGCAAAAUAGCUCUGUGUAGAUACCUUCUCUCAACAGAUGAAAAUAAUGUUUUGCUAAGCAGCAAAGACAAAAAUGAUGUAAGCGUUCUACACAGCGCCGCCGCAGGAGGUUAUAUAGAUCUCUUCAACUUAUACAUCGAUGCAGGUUUACAUGUUAGAGAUUUUACAAGUGAAGGAAAAUCAGUUUUGAGUUAUGCAGCAAGGCACUGCAGAAUUGAUAUGUGCAAGUAUAUUAUUGAAAAGUAUGUGGACUUGCUAUGUCAUGUAGACAAUCUUGGUGAAACUGUACUUCACGAUGCGGCUUGGGGUGGGAAUAGUGAAGUGCUAGAAAUUUUCAUUUCAAGAGGGCUAGACAUUUUCGCCAAGAACAAAACCGAAAAGACGGUGCUCCAUAUCGGUUGUUUAAACAAGAAAUUCAAAUUUUGUGAUUAUAUUACCAAGAAAUAUCCCGAAUUACUUGAUGAAGAAGACAAUGAACAUCGAAGAGUUGUCAGAGACACUACUCAAGAUUCGCUGCAAACUCAGUAUCGAUGUACAUGUACGUGUUAAUACAUGUACACAGAACGGAAUACGAAUGAUCUCGAUACAUUAGUACCACGUUAUUUGACGUGGAAACAUUUAUACAACCAGCCUAUCCAGACAUUGUGUCUAAGAAAUAUCCACCAAAAAUUCGAAAACGUGAGAUUGGUAGUGCAUCUUUUGAUAUUUUCAAAUGAAUGAGAUUGUCAAAAAAUGAAAUUAUGUUUGAUUCAAGAUUUAUACUUGUAAAACAUACUUUGUUUUUGUUAAAAAGAAAUGUUUGUAUUUGUUAAAAACAAAUGUCUCUCCAGCUUCCUAAA